GUCUUCGGCACACCCCUUUCCAGCGGGAGAUCCCGCAACGCCCCAGAGGACGGCCCUUUGGGCCGACGUUGAUUUCGUUUUCGCGCUGCGCGCGGAACCUCUCUUUCCAGCUUGUGCCGACCCCGCCGGGCUUGCCCCAAGAGGCGAGGAGCGCCUGCGGCGCGACAGGGACGACUUACCCAAGGUCGCCGUCCGGCCUGCCCGCUCCAUUCGGGCAGCAAGCUGCCCUCCCGUGUUGGCCGGAUUACACCCCUUCGGGGCGGCUCUCUUGGAGCCCGUCGGAUGUCGGCGCGACGCCGCCAGGCCGACCGCACUUACUAAUCAUCACUGGCUUUCCUGUCGUCGCUCGCCGCUGGGCAGAGGUUCAGGCGCGGGGCGUGUGUGCCCUGUGCCGCCUGUAACGACUGCACGGAGAAUUGAGCCAAUGAACGACACGACGACGACCCUUGGCAGCGCAGCCGCGCUGCUGACCGACGGGCAACGCGCCCGAAUGCUUGCUAAAGGGCGGGAAAACGCCGCGCGCAUCGACGCAGACGGCGAUACCCACGACUUCUGGCCUGUAGUCAAGCUGUUCUGCCCGUGGGGCGCAGCGACGUGGUUGCUGUCCGAACUCGACCCCGACGAGCCGGAUAUUGCCUUCGGCCUGUGUGACCUCGGCAUGGGCAGCCCCGAAUUGGGCAGCGUGCGGCUGUCGGAGAUUGCCGCCAUCCGUGGCCCCG